AUCCACAAGAGUUGACAUGACUAUCAAGAGCGCCCGCGAUCGCUUCCAACCCUCUCCGAUUUGAUUGAGAACGUAUAUAUUCAGUAGCUUGUUCCCGGAUCUUGGAUUUCGUCAUGGCCACUCGGGCUCAGCAGAUGCAGAGAGCCCGCCCCGGCGACAUCCUAAUCGUUAUCCAUGACUUCGAAGCGCGAACACCGGACGAGCUCGGUCUGUCCAAAGGUGAUAGGAUAGAGUUGCUCGUGCGGGACGAUGAUUUUGGAGAUGGCUGGUUCCUGGGGAAGCACACAUUAAACGGCUUAGAAGGGCUGUUUCCGGAGGUCUAUACAACUCCUUGGCCAAGCCAGCAGGUCACUCGAAAUAGUCUUCCACCCCGCAAAUCCGAACCCGCAGUUCCGGCAGAAGAUACCGAUAGCCACAACGAGAAGACGUUGCCGGUGCCACCGGAGGAUACCCACCAAGAUACAAGGGCUUCCGUAAUGAGCACAGCUUCCGCUCCAUCGAUGAGCGGCGCAUAUCGGACGUCAACUGCCUCAUCAACACCUCGAAGCAUGGGAUUGGCGCUCAAGGGACAGCUGAACAGCCCUGUGAUGGAUCAGACGCUGAGCGUGAUCGACGAGCACAUUACGGACAUGAGCACUCCCAGGCACAGCUUAAUCGGACGGGAAAGAAGAACAAAUGAUUCGGAAAGCGAAUACAGCGCACGACUAGACCAUCGCCUAUCCUAUAUCAACGGCCACGAGACCGAUGAGGAGGAGCACCCGGGCUAUACAGCACAAGAGGUGUUGAAUUGGUCUCCCGAGCGGGUUGCAGAGUAUCUCGAAGACGUUGGGGUUGAGAAGAGACAUUGCGAAAUCUUUCAAGAGCAAGAGAUAUCCGGCGAAGUUCUGCUGGGGAUGGAUCAAUCAUCUAUUUUCCUAAAAGAAUUCGAGCUCGGAUCCGUGGGAAAGAGACUGAAGACCUGGCAUAAGAUCAAAGCUAUGCAAGAGGAGGUUUCACAACCAAAACAAACGCUGGCGGCUCCUUCAAUCAACACACAACGCAGCAUCUCCGAUUAUGGCACAACGGACGAUUCAGUCGAUAGCGACCGACCAAGGAGCAUAUCGACAAGUGCCGUUCUUCCCAGGAUUCCGAGCGUACAUGAAGGGUCGCCAAAUCGACACCACCCAUUCACACAGCCCUCUCAAAGGCCCGAUCUCGCAACCCCCACCGGUCGAGGCGAGCACCAUCGCAGGCCCUCCGCUGCCUCCGUCCGAAACAUGAACCACAACCGGAGGCAUUCGUCGAUUGACUACGCUUCCGGAACUCCUCCUACGCCGGGAACACCCACACUCAAAUCUGGUCUGGGAUACAACAACAUUGCUCACAAGAAACAAGGGUCCUUGGACAGGACUUGGACUAUGAGCAGUCAGCAAACCCAAUCGAGCACAGCGCUCGGACCCAGAUCCGCAACUGCUGCGAGUCACGUCCACUCCGCUUCCACAGACGGGGCACCGUAUGAUCCGCUUCGCGAACUAGACAUGACCGUUAUGAGCGCUGGUGAAUUAGAUCGCGGUUACUUUUCGGGCGGUGAUGUCGAGGGCCGAAAAGCCCGGAAUGUCCUCCGAAAGCGAGAGAGUCCGUCGCAUUCGCGUGUCUCCAGCUUCCAGUCUCAAGCCGGGAAAGCCACGAGAAAACGAAGCGAAUCUGCACGGCAGGAUCGAUUUGGAAGCACCGACGACUCGUUUCUGGAUUCCCUUGCCAUGACGGCGCCAGCGAUAAACCGACGUUUCUUCGGACCCAAAGCACACAAAGGCGAGAUGGAUUUAUCGAAGCCAAUGAUCCCGGCCAGGGACACGAGGUCUCCCACCGUGACGAAGUUGGAGUACGGCGACUCCCCCAGCAUCGAUGCCAUCGCCGCGUCCUCCCCCGUAGCGGAAAGCGACAACUCCUCCUUGGACAAAACGGUUCCCUCUCCUGCGACCUUCCGAUCCAAUUUCAAUCGAAUUAGGGUCACUGGUUUGCGUGCCAUUUCGGACGCUGUCACUGGCAGCGAGAGGGCACUGGCGACAUCCCCGGAUAAGGUCCCUUCACCUCGCAAGGAAUCUCCGCUGUCCCCUCGAACUGAAGCCAGCACGCCAUCGGGGACGGGGAAAUACUUCGAUUAUGACGAUGUCUUAGCACAGAAGGCUUCCAAUGAUUCCUCGGGUGCUGGGACUCCGAUACCCGUUCUCAGACCCCGUCGCAAAUCGAAAAAGGAGACCAGCGCUUACAGUCGAGGACUGGAGAAGAAGUCGCCGGCCGAGCAGGUGGCAGGCUGCGAUUUCAGCGGCUGGAUGAAGAAACGCAGCAGCAACCUCAUGACGACGUGGAAACCUCGCUUCUUCGUGCUCCGGGGCCGACGCCUCUCGUACUACUACUCCGAGAAUGACACCGAAGAGAAAGGGCUCAUCGACAUCUCGUUUCACCGCGUGCUACCCGCCAAUAAUGAGCGCCUUACCGGUCUACACGCCACCCUUACCGGCGCCACCCACUCGCCUACCUCCCCUAAUCAUUCUCACCACCCAUCCAUCGACGCCAGCGACCCCACCAACCAGUCAACCAGCGCCCCCUCCACCAACUCUACCCCCACCAUCGCCACCCUCGCCGCCGCGACCGUCUCCUCCCCCGCCUUAAAAGACCCCACCGGCACCUUCAUCUUUAAGCUCGUCCCCCCCCGCUCCGGCCUCAGCAAAGCCGUCAACUUCACCAAGCCCACCGUCCACUACUUCGCCGUCGACAACCUCGCCACUGGCCGCCUCUGGAUGGCCGCCCUCAUGAAAGCCACCAUCGACCGCGACGAGACCGCCUCCGUCGUGACGACCUACAAAGAGAGCACCAUCAGCCUCUCCAAGGCGCGCGCAAUGCGGCAGCGACCGCCGGCGCUGCGCGAUCUUGAGGAGGGCGCCGAGAACAACGUGGACCCACCGACGGUCGGAACCGAGGGCUCCAAGCAGAGCAUGGAAGGCGCCAGCGUUGCAGGCGACAGCAGCAAAUCCAAGGUCGACUCCGGCGCCGGGUUGGGGAUCGGAAUGUCGCCGGGGACGCCGGGGACGAUGACGGAUGAGAAGGGGAGUAUAACGACCGAUGGGGCGAGCGUGGGGAGGAAGUCCGGGGAAGGGAAGAAGAGCGCGAGUUUGAGUGGACAGGAAGCGGGGUGAUUCUACGGGAUGCUUCGGUACCGGUCGAUGCGUUUGAGAACGCCUGGCUGUUUUAUACCCGAUGUGCAGCUGUCCGCAGUCGCGGUCCCUCAGGGUGGGGAUUGAGUCGGCUUCAAGUAUCUGUCUCCCGUGGCGAGAGAAGCAGCGGCUUCUAGGAGUGGGAUGGCGAGGAUACGCACCAUGCCUCGGCAAAGGACAUACGACCGCAAAG